CGAACCUUCCUUCUGCGUGGAACCCUAACUAUGAUUACGUACCUUCCCAUUAUUUAAUUGGUUCGUUCAAUCUUAUUUUUGGGGUGCCGGCUGAAACAUUCAAUCUCAAUCAUUUGGGGUUGGAGGGAAUUAGAUUCAGUUUUUUAUUUGCCUUAAAAGGGUUAGGGUUUCCUCUUGUGUUAUCCGUUGUUCGGUUUCUGGGUUCUCUGAAAUUCAUGCAAAUUUUUGGUUCUGUGGAUGGUUGCUAAAUCAAAUCACACAAAAAAUCUGAUUUUUCCUUUUGGGGUGGGGGAAAUAAUGGAUUUGGGGAUUUCUGAUGAGAUGUUAGGAACUUUUGCCCCAAUAAUAGUUUACUGGAUUUAUUCUGGGAUUUAUGUUGUUUUGGGACCUUUUUGUAAGAAUUAUCGGUUACACUCAAAGCAGGAGGAGGAUGAAAAGAAUUUGGUAUCUAAGGGUGCGGUGGUUAGAGGAGUUAUCGUUCAACAGAUAGUUCAGGCUGUGGUUGCAAUUCUCUUGUUUGCGGUGACAGGAAGUGAUAACCAAAAUACUACCAGUCAGAAUGCUUCUCUCCUUGUUUUAGCAAGGCAAUUUGUUACUGCUAUGCUGGUAAUGGACACAUAUCAAUACUUUUUGCACAGAUACAUGCAUCACAACAAGUUCCUGUACAAACAUCUCCACUCUCAACAUCACAGACUCAUCGCACCCUAUUCGUUUGGAGCUCUGUACAAUCACCCUGUGGAGGGGCUUCUUCAAGACACCGUGGGCGGGGCUUUAUCUUUCCUCAUCUCUGGUAUGAGUCCUCGAACCUCCAUCUUCUUCUUCUCCUUCGCCACCAUCAAAACUGUGGAUGAUCACUGUGGAUUAUGGCUCCCUGGGAACCUUUUACAAAUACUUUUCAAAAACAACUCUGCCUACCAUGAUGUACAUCAUCAGCUCUAUGGCAACAAGUACAACUUCUCACAGCCAUUCUUUGUUAUGUGGGAUCGAAUCUUGGGUACCUACAUGCCAUACAAAUUGGAGGAGAGGGCAGAUGGGGGUCUUGAAACUAGACCUUGCAAAGAUUCCAAGGAUAAUUAACCUUUUUGCUUGAUGAGCAUUCUCUAUCUGUUCUAGUAUUGUUUUUCCUCGUUAUGAGCAGCACCUCCUGAGUGGUCAUGUCUGUAUAUACAUAUGAUGUGUCUUAUUCUAUAUUUUUCUUUACCUUCUGUCCAUACUAGAUAGACUUAAUAAGGAAAUUGAGAAGCUACCUAUUAUGGUGUGAUUUUUUCCCUUGUUGUUGCUGGCUGCUAUAGGCAUACUUGUAAUCCCUAGUGUCUUGUUCAACUUGCUUUGGCAUGCAAUCUUUGGUAUCCUAAUACUUAAGUUGUUUUGCCUACUUUGGUUAUAUUUUCUAGAGAGGUCAAUUUAUGGCCAAACUUCGGUUAUUAUAUGUUUGCUGUAUCUGUAAAUGGAUCUGUAUCUAAUCAUGUACUGCAUGGAGCCCAUAACUAUUUAUGAUUGAAUGAGAUGGGUGUAUGGUGUAUGUAUCCAUUAACCAUUUGUAUUCUGGUGUAUUUUCUUCAUUGUUUGUGGGGAAGAU